AUGACGUCAUCCCCAUCUUUUGGUUCACAUGGUACUACCCGACCGCUGCCAGGAGUGUCGUCAACGAAAUCUAUGGGCACACAAAGUACUAACCAAGCGCCAAAAGGAGUAACAUCAUCUUCAACCGAUUCCACACGUGGUACUACCAAGUCAUUACAUGGAAUGACGUCCUCACCAAUUAGCUCCUCACAAGUAACAACCCAACCGCCACCAAUAAUAUCGUCAUCGAAGUCUACUGGCACACAAGGAACCUCCCAAUCACCACAUGGAAUGACAUCAUCUUCAGCUUCUGGUUCACAUAGUACUAACCAACAACUACUAGGAAUGUCGUCAACGAAAUUUAUGGUCACACUAAAUACUAACCAAUCCCCAAAUGGGAUGACAUCAUCUCCACCCGUUUUUACACGUGGUACACCCCAAUCGUUAUAUGGAAUGACAUCAUCACCAUAUCGCGGUUCACAAGGAACUACCCCACCGCUACCAGGAAUGUCGUCAUCAAAGUCUAUUGGUACACAAAGUACCUCCAAAUCACCACAAGGAAUGACAACAUCAAGAAGUUCACGAGCAACUUCCUUACUGCCAUCAUCGCCAUCCAAAGGUAAAGUCACUACAGCAUCUCCUCAGCAUGGAUUGACGUCAGUAUCAUCCACAGCUUCACGUGGUACAACCGUAUCAUCUCAAGGAAUAACGUCACCACCAUCUCUUGGUACACGAAGAACUAACCCACCGCCAAGUGGAAUCAUGUCAUCACGAUCUAAUGGUUCACCUAAUACUACGAUGCCUUCACAUGGAACGGCGUCUUUAAAUAGUACUACCGGUUCCACAUAUUUGGCACACACAAUGACGUCAGGGCGAUUCACUAAUUCAGGCAGAUCUUCGCCAUCGCUACAUGGAAUUACAUCAUCGACAUCUUCCGGUACAACCAGUACAACCUCUCAAUCUCACGGAAUGGCAUCAUCACCAUCUAUUGGUACACACAGUACUUCCUCAUCGCCAAAUGGAAUAAAGACAUCACAUUCCACCAGUACACCUAAUUUGCCACAGGGAAUGACGUCAUCUCUGAAAACAUCCUCUGUUGUCAAAACGUCACCGCCACAAUCUAUUGCUACAUCAACUGUCACUCAACCUACUGCAGUUACUACUCGAAUGUCAUCGUCUCUUUCAACAAGCCUCCCCCAAUCAGGAUUGAACUUUUCCAUGUUCUUCUCACUCAAUGCUGAUAACCGACUCAUGGUCCAUGACAUGACAAACGGACAUGUAGGUAGUAUAUGUGGUUUAAUGUGGAACGACACCGAAGCUGCGGUCAUGUGCCGACACCUUGGCUUACCUGGUCCUGGGUCAGCAACUAUACUACAACGGAGUCAAAAUUUCAGCAGAGGCUUGUUUGCAAUCAAUUGCACUGGGAAUGAGCUUGAUGCAUUUGACUGUGAUUUGGCGACUUCGGAUAUUUCAAACGGAAUGUGUGGAAACCUAGGCGACGCUGCGUUGAAUUGUGGAACUAGAGGUAAUGGGACAUCGACCACGGCAAUUUCAGCAUCUUCCUUAAGCUCAACCAAAAGUGCUCCGAUUUCCUCCACAAGUACAGUUGUGCCUGUAGUGACGUCCUCACAAUCUACAGGUUCUACGCGACAGACCACUACUUCUUCUUCAACUGCUUCAAAUGGGGCUUCUGCUUCUCCUUCAACUACGCGACAGACGAUUACUGCUUCUCCUUCAACAACGAGACAGGCGGCUUCUGCUUCUCCUUCAACUACGCGACAGGCGGCUUCUGCUUCUCCUUCACCUACGCGACAGGCUACUACUGCUUCUCCUUCAACAACGAGACAGGCAGCUACUGCUUCUCCUUCAACUACGCGACAUGCUGCUACUGCAUCUCCUUUAACAACGAGACAGGCGGCUACUGCUUCUCCUUCAACAACGAGACAGGCGGCUACUGCUUCUCCUUCAACUACGAGUCAGGCGCCUUCUGCUUCUCCUUCAACAACGAGACAGGCAGCUACUGCUUCUCCUUCAACAACGAGACAGGCAGCUACUGCUUCUCCUUCAACAACGAGACAGGCAGCUACUGCGUCUCCUUCAACAACGAGACAGGCGGCUAAUGCUUCUUCUUCAACAACGAGACAGGCGGCUACUGCUUCUCCUUCAACUACGCGACAGGCGACUACUUCUUCUCCUUCAAAAACGCCACAGGCGGCAACUGCCUCUGCCACAACCAUACGCCACACUUCUACAGUCUCAACAAGUACUCGGAAAGCAGUUGUUAUUUCAACCACAACUUCACAACAGGUGGCGUCAAAUUUAACAACUACACAACAGCAAGCGGCGGUAUCCGCGUCAACUCCCCAACAUCAGACAACGACUGGGAGCCAAACUAGCACUACCACUGACACCAACUGUGUAGCCGGUUCUGGAUUUUGUUUGUUUGAUGCAGAUUCUCUUGGAUCCGGAGCGUCGUCCUGGCAUUCCGGUUGGGCCUCAACAAUCCUGUCCAUUUGGCUGGUCACCAUUAGCCUUAUCCUGAUUUUCUAAUUGAGCAACCGGGCGUCCCCACGGCCAAUAACAGUCUCGGCAUUGCUACAAACAUUUAUUACAUGACACUUCAUUGGUUCAGACUAUUGAAACGAAUAUAUUCUAAAGUUAUAUUUUAAAAGAAAAUCCAUCGACAACGUUUGGGGUAAGAAUGGAGUAAAAAUAUAAAAAAUGAGGGAAAGUGUGAGUUACCACUAUGAAGACAAGGGUUACAAGUGAUAGAUUCAAAUACCAAAUGGUAAGUAAAUACCAAAUGGUAGGUAAAUACCAAAUGGUAAGUAAAUACCAAAUGGUAGGUAAAUACCAAAUGGUAAGUAAAUACCAAAUGGUAAGUAAAUACCGGGUGGACGAUGUAUGUAAGUAAGAUACAAUGUAGGUUGUUUUUAGAGUAAAUUACUUUUUGGCUACUGUUCAAUGUAUGUGGAAUGUUGUCAGAGGAAGGGCACAUUGGGCCUAUUGGGGAGGUAACGUCAAUGUCUGCGAUUCAAAUAGUGCUUAUAUAAAAAAAAUCUUUCGUUAUUUUAUAAAUGUUUUUAUCUUAUUUUAUUCACUUAUUAUUUACACUGAAUACACUUUUGUAAUUCAGAAAUAAACGACAAGGUAGAAACAAAGCACGUAUACGGGUCGUCAAAUAUACGAGUAUGUUAUCACGCGGCCUUGUACAUGUUUGUUUAAUAUUUAGUAUGGCAUAUUGAAUGUUACGGUAUGAUCAACAUGCAAACAAUAAAUAACUAAAGAAAAAAAAGCCUUAUAACGAUAAACAUGACAUCUGUUUAUAACGAUAAACAUGACAUCUGUUUAUAACGAUAAACAUGACAUCUGUUUAUAACGAUAAACAUGACAUCUGUUUAUAACGAUAAACAUGACAUCUGUUUAUAACGAUAAACAUGAAUUCUGUUUAUAACGAUAAACAUGACAUCUGUUUACCGCGAAUUUGAAACGGCUGUUCUUGGUAAGUUAAUCGAAUUUAUACAAUGAAAUGGAUUAUUUCGCCGCAAUGUAAUAUUUUCAUUAUUCAGUCACCGUAAUGAAGAUAAAUUAUCAUUAUAGCAAACAUUUUACAGGCGUCAUGUAGUAUUCCAAACGUGCUAUUUUUUUUAAAACAUAUCUGACGAUGGUAUGCCUUCCUGCUUCACCUUUGUCUUAAUUAGUUCUUAGAAAUGAAUGGAGUAUUUAGUCUUUGAAAUAUAAUACCUCUACUAACACGUGUAGACAUAAAACCUUGUGGAUGUUUUUAGCAAAGACAUUGAUAGGAGGGAUAAGUUGAACUGAAUUGUUGAAAUUUGUGCUUUCAAGAACGCCAAAUUUAAAUGAUGUACUUUUAUGUAUAACUGAUAUUUAUGUAAAUCAUUAUACUGUUCUCUAGUUACGCCUAACAUAUUAAUUUGACAAAGUUUACUCAGUAAGCUGAUAAUGUUUCAUUUCUUUGUAAACGAAUUUGUUUUCUUCUAUAAAUCGUUAAUGUUUAAAAGUGCAUGUUGCAUUAACUCUAUUUAUUG